AUGCGGCGGCCACGGCGAGCGGGGAAGCUCGGGGGCGGCGGCGGGUGCGGGGGCAAGGCGGCGGCGGGGGCGGAGGCUCCGGCGGGACUCGAGGACGCCGAAGGGGGCACCGUGAUCGCCGUCGGCGGGGAGGGCGAGGCGGCGGUGCUAGGGCUUCCGGCGGCCGGAGAAGGCGGCGGGGAGAAGGCGCCACUGGGGGUGAAGGUCGCGGCGGCCGUGAAGAGCGCAGAGGGGGCGCCGGUGAUCGCCGUCGCCGGGGAGGGCGAGGCGCCCGUGCAAGGGGAUCCGGCGGGCCCCGCCGCUGAUCGGGAGGCCGAUGCGCCGGCGGCGAAAGGUGUGGCGGAGAAGGAUGACGAGGGGGUGAGGUGGCUCAAGCACUACUCGUCGAUGCACAGCAUACUCGUCGUCGGGGACGGGGAUUUCUCCUUCUCGCUGGCGCUCGCCACCGCGUUCGGCUCCGGCGAGCACAUCGUCGCCACGUCCCUCGACCCCUACGACGCUUUAAAGAGGAAGUAUGGCAACGCUGAGGCAAAUAUAGCAGAGCUGAAAAUGUUGGGAUCUACAGUUUUGCAUGGUGUUGAUGCAAAACUGAUGAAGCUUUACCCUUCUCUGAAGAUGAGACGGUUCGACCGGAUCGUCUUUAAUUUUCCUCAUGCUGGGUUCAACGGAAAAGAGGAUAACCCGCUAGUCAUCAACUUGCAUAAGCAGCUGGUAACUGGAUUUUUUGCCAAUGCACGACACCUGCUUCGGCCCUUUGGUGAAAUCCACCUUAGCCACAAGACAGGAUAUCCUUACGACGCAUGGGAUAUCGAGCAACUAGCCAGUGAGUCUUGUCUUAUUAUGUUUGAUAAAGAUGUUUUCUGCAAAGAGGAGUACCCUGGUUAUAACCAAAAGAGAGGAGAUGGUGCAAAGUCCGAUCAAUCUUUUGCUCUAGGUCUUUGCUACACUUUUAAGUUCUGCAUCGGUGAUGUAAAGAAACUGAAGAAAGCACGUGGAAACAUUGUUGGUUCAAUCUCAUCCCUUGGAGGCAGCAAAUUCUAUCCUGACAUGUUGGCAACUGACACGAGGUCAUUUGAUCUGCAUCCACUUGCUCCAGCAUGGCCUCGGCCACACUUUCCUCCAGCCAACAGAGUUGACAUGCCAAUCAUGUUUGAUCCUUACCCCUUUGGAGGUCCUCCAAUGGAACGUCCAGGUUUGCCACUCAACUUCUAUGGCCCAGAGAGAGCUCCUUACUUACAUCACCAGCACAUGAUCCAGCCACUGUGCAGAGGGCCAGCGCCGCAUGUUUUGCCCAACCAAGGCAGCUUUCAUCCACCAAUGGACAUGAUCCAGCCAAUGUGCAGAGGGCCACCGCUGCAUGUUUUGCCCAACCAAGGCGGCUUUCGUCCACCAAUGGGGAGGCUUGGACAUCCAGAGCAGCCUUGGCACCAAGAGAGGCCUCCAGUUGUGCCACCAUGGAGAAGCGACGACUACUACUCAGGAGAGUACCAGAGGAGUCUGCAGCGGGAGUAUGAGAUUGAGAGGCAACUGAUGCCUGGAGGAGCCAGCCUGGAUUACUCUGCUUUCCUCAAGAAUCGCGACAAGGAGUCGGAUCAGAGGCGGGGGAGGCUGGAAAUGCUGAUUCAGUUCUAUGGUGGACAGUGA